ACGACGACGCAUUCCGUGCUCCGUGCUCCGUACUCUGUGUCCGGCGCAAGACAGCCGUUGCCGUUGCCGUAGCCGUGGCCGUAGCCGUAGCCAUCGCCGUCGGCAGCGACGCUGUCAUCAGUUCAUUGUAGACAUUUUCCCGGCACGGACGCGCGCUCUAUAAGCGGGCGGAAAACAGUCGACGCACCGAACGGAGUUUGCUUUGGGCUUUGCCACAGUUUCGGUUGAGGUUUCCACUCGAUUUUCAUUAGGCGACCGCAAACGGGACGCGAGCCGCAGACGUGGACGUGAACGUGAACGUGGACCCAACAAAAUGUUAACCGUGCAGCACAUUUAAACGACAAACAAAUGAAAAAAUUCUCUGUCACAGUUUUCAGCAGCUGCGCUCGCACCCACAACCCCGAAACGGCAGGCCGCAGUCCAACAAACUGAAUGACAACCUGAGCCGCAGUUGUCCAGGAGUCUGCCACUGGGCCAAAGAGUAGCUGGAGCAGCAGGAACAGAAGCGCCCGUAGCCAUGGGUGAUCUUCAGGCAACCAUCGAGUUCUCCGUUGAGCUGCACAAGUUCUUCAAUGUGGACCUCUUUCAACGCGGACUCUACCAGGUGCGCUGCGGCCUGCGCGUUUCGCCACGCCUACCCGUCCAGGUGGAGACAAGCAUACCCGAAUCGAGCAAUAUCAAACCGAAUGGAGCCAACGGACACGGCGCCGGCUCCAUUGAGCCAGCCAGUGAUAGCGAGCGUGAACAUGAACUGGCCUCGCCGGUGGAUGCUGCCACAGUGCCGGGCAUCGGCAGCUGCACAUCCGCAUCCAUAAUCAAUGGCAGCGGCGCCUCGCGUAUAUUCCAGAUACUCUAUCGCAACGAGGAGGUGCCGCUGCGCGAUGUCAUACACUUUCGCAGUCAUCUGUUGGUUGACAGCCGUCACCUGAAGGAGUCCAUCGAACGAGCUGAGUUCUCAUUGCAGCUGGAACUGUGGUUCGGCGAACAGAAUGGCACCAGCCAGUUGACGUUGGCCUCCACACGCAACCUGCAGCUCAACUUUCAUCCGGGACGCGGCCUGCACUAUCAUCUGCCCGUGCUGUUCGACUACUUCCACUUGGCGGCCAUCAGUGUGGGCAUUCAUGCCAGUCUCGUGGCCCUGCAUCAGCCAUAUAUCAAACUGCAGCAUUUGGGCGGCAUUCAUGGCAGGGGCGUGGCAUCGCUACUGCUGCUGCCAGCCAGCAACUUACUGCAACCAUGGCGCAGUCAAUUUUUACGCCGUUUGAUUCAGCAAAACGCGCCGCGCAGCUCGAAGCCCUGGAGUGCCGGUAAGCUGAGCUGCCGUGGGAACACCUCGCCGGGCCCACUGGAGGCGGUGUUCUUUGGGCCACAGAUUGGCGGCACCACCAAAUGCAGCGGCGGGCCCACCGGCCGUCUGCUGCAGUCCCGCCAGAUCCAUCGGGACAUCUGCUGCCUGCUGCUCGGCGCCAUCGAGCAGCUGAAGGCGACCCUUAACGAGUUCAGUACCGUGCUGCCGCCCAGCAUCAAUUCACAGAUUGGCUCACCGCCGCUGAGGGAGAACGACACGGGGGAGCGUCUGCAGCAGCUCUUGGAACAGGCCAAGCUGCUCGAGGCGGAGGAUGACUUUGCCACGCUGGCCAACUCGGACAUAGCGCAGCUGUGCGCGGAGAACAUCUUCUGGUGGCGCCGUGUGCUGCUCGCCUCUCGAUCCUCGACGGCGGUGCACACCCUGCUCGCCCGCAAGCACCACAUCCUGCGGGUGCGCCGCUUUGCCGAGGGUUUCUUUGUGCUGGAACAGCCUCGACAUGCGGCCGCCGGCUGCCUGGAGGUGAACAGCAGUCCGGGUCAUUGCCAGGGCUAUGCGGGCAUUGCGGAGCUGGCAAGACGCAGUCGCUAUCUUCAGUCGCUGCCGCCGCUGCCCGUCCACUGCACGCCCAUUGAUGGAGAUGCGGCGUCGCUGCCGCUGAUAUUUGAGGAUCGGUAUGUGGUGCCCGGUGCCGGCUACGCGAGGCGUCGCUCCGGCAGUGAUCCGCAGCUGGAGGAGACAACCGCGACGGGCAAGAAGAAGACGCCGGAUAAGACGCACUCGAGCAGCAGCCUGAACGGCACCAAGGAUUGCCUGGCCUGUCACUUCGACUACGACUAUCCGCCGAGCAACGGCAACGGCCCGGCCCAUCCGCAUGCCAAAUGCGUGGUCACGCCCCGUUUCGCGCUGGGCGGCGAGGUGCUGCAGGCCAGCCUGACCAUAGCACCCAGCAACAAGGAGGCUCAGCCAAUUGCCCUGCGUCACAAUCUGUCCAGGCAUUCGGUCACCGGCCUGCUGGAGGAUCUCGAUACUGAGGGCAAUGAGCCCACGUUGCCAACCACACGGCACAGCAAGUCGCUGGAUCAGCUAGAUGGCGGCCAGACCACCACCGAGACGCACAUGCUCGAGCCCGCCUGCAAUGGACGCCAGGUGAGCUACAACACGCUGCCCGCGGGUCUGGCCCGACUCCAGGCGGACGACCUAAUGCGCAACAUCUGCGAGUUCCGGGAGCGCUACGGGAAUGCCAGCAAAUUCGACUACUUACACGAAAUCAAGCUGCUCAAUCCGCCCAAGCAGCAGCAGCAGCAGCUGCAGCAACAGUCUGUGGGCACUGGCGCCUACAAUUCGCUGCCCAAGAGCAUGUUGCCGCCGCGCAACUCUUAUCCACCGCCACCGCCCAGCCAGUACACGACCAUGCCGCGAAGCAGCAGCUCUCAGAUACCCAGAGCCGUGGAGAUAGCCCGGGUGCGUGUGUCUGACAUCAAAGAGAUGUUGCGCCAGGGUCAGGCCGCGGGCACGCUGCGCAAGGAGUCCAGCAGCUCGGAGAGCGACAUGAUGCAAAAGCUGCAGCUGCUCAGCUCGAGCAGUGUGCCCUUCCGGCUGGACGCCACAACGACGGUGAACAGCAACAACAACACGAACAGCAGCGAUCCAAAUACGAGCGGAUUCAGUGAAUCGCUGCCCAAUUUGGCUCCGCCACCGGAAUUUGAGUCGGACGCGCGCAGACAGCGUAGCAAUUCGACAUCCUCGCUAAGCGAGGAGAGCGGCUGGGUCAGCAGCCGGCGCAGCUCGUUGGCCAUAUCCAGUCCGGACACAAUCACCAGCACCGGGCAGCAUCAGAAGAAUCAGCGGCAGACACAGCUCAACCUGGGCAUGGGCAUGGGCCUGGAGACGCGGCUCAAUGGCGAGCAGCUGCGUCUGCGGCUCCAGAAACUACUGGAGCAACAGCAGCAACCACAGAAGCAAACCAGAAAGCGCCAGUCGGCGGGUUCCAGCCAGAGCCGCACGCCCGCACGACAACAACAGCAGCAGGAGAAGGAGAAGGAGCUGCACAAGAAGAUCUCAUCCGUGACCGUGACAAUCAGGAAGGAGCGUUCACGUUUUCAGCUGGAUCGGCUGCGUCAGCUGCCCAAUGGCGAGUCCACCGAGGUGGAGGACCUGGAACGUCCACCGCCGCGGCGCAGCCGGCACAAAGCCGGCACCGCCUCCGCCAAGUGCGAAAAGUCCAAGUCCGACUUUGAUAUAACCAGCUUAAAGGAUAUGCAGCCGCUGGAUGCCGUAUGCCUGCCGCCGCCGCAGCAGUUUCAGGAUCAGGAGCUGGACCAGGUGGUUGCACCACCGCCACCCGAUGAGUUUCGCGAUCCACCACCGGAACCGGCACCCACUCCAACUGCAGCUACGAUCCCCGUGCCUGUUGCCCUGCCACUAGCCAUUCCUGCACCGCCGGCCGUGACCAAGUCGAAGGCCAAGUCCAUGCCCUGCCAUGUGCUGAAUGCGCCAACGGCAUCGGCGCUCAAGGAACGCCAGCCCAUCGGAGCCAUUGACAAUCCAGUGUACCACAUUUACGAGUCGCUGCGUCCUAUGUCCACGCCAGCGAUCUUCAGCAACAAGCCGGUGCUGAAAUCCCACAGCCUGGCGGAGCUCAAGCGACCACCGCAGCAUCAAUGCAAAACGCCCGGCCAGGAGAAUGGGCUGGAUGCGGAGCCGGACGAGAAUAAGGAGAAUGCCAAUGGUAAAGUUGUGGGACGUGGCAAGCCAUCAAACGGCUCCGUAGCCAAGCACAAGCGCAAGAGUCCGCCGGCUGGUCAGGCUGGCCAGGAGGCCAGUCCGAGCAUUUCGCUGCUGGAGUUCGAGAAGUGCCGCGAGGAGUUCCGCAAGCAAGUCAAGUACCAGGGCAACAUCUACUCCGACUACGUGCAGCUGGCCUCGGAGCUGCCCUAUUUCUACAUCAGUGACGAGUAUCGCGCCUUCUCACCAAAUGGCAUGCACCUGGUCAUCUGUGUGCACGGACUGGAUGGCAAUUCGGCGGAUCUGCGUCUGGUGCGCACCUAUCUGGAGCUGGGUCUGCCCGGCGUAAAUCUCGAGUUUCUCAUGUCCGAGCGCAACCAGGGCGACACUUUCUCCGACUUUGAUACCAUGACUGAUCGGCUGGUGGCCGAGAUUCUUUACCAUAUCGACAGCUGCGGGCUGAACCCAGCACGCAUCUCGUUCGUGGCCCAUUCCCUGGGCACCAUCAUAGUGCGCAGCGCCCUGGCGCGUCCACAGAUGCGGCCACUGCUGCCGCGCCUGCACACUUUCCUCUCGCUCUCCGGUCCACAUCUGGGCACGCUCUACAACACCAGCGGCCUGGUUAACAUGGGCAUGUGGUUCAUGCAAAAGUGGAAGAAGUCCGGCUCCCUGCUGCAGCUGUGCAUGCGCGACACCACGGACAUGCGCAACAGCUUCCUCUACAGGCUGAGCCAGCGGAGCACCUUGCAUCACUUCAGCAACAUUCUGCUGUGCGGCUCCAGUCAGGAUCGCUAUGUACCCGCGCACUCGGCGCGUCUGGAGCUGUGCAAGGCCGCCAUGCGGGAUAACUCCUCCUUGGGCACAAUCUACAGGGAAAUGGUGCACAAUGUCAUUGCGCCCAUCCUGGCCCGACCGGAACUGACGCUCGCCCGGUUCGAUGUGCACCACGCCCUGCCCCACACAGCCAACACGCUGAUCGGAAGAGCUGCCCACAUUGCGGUGCUGGACUCGGAGCUGUUCAUCGAAAAGUUUAUGUUGAUUGCGGGCCUGAAGUACUUCAGUUAACAUGGCUAAUACGAAACCGGGCUAGACUAAUCAACAGGAUAAGUUCUGCUGGCUUUUGAACAGCCGUAUACUCGUAUUUUAAUGUUAUUUAAUAUGUAUAACUAGAUUCGAUUCAGUUCGAAACACACACAGGGUACAAUACUCUUUUACUACUUUAUCCAAUCGAGAACAAGUUUCUUCAGCCAACAAAUUUCAGCUGCAGUUCAGUUGGAAUAAGGAAUUUAUUGAAGCAAAUUGUUAGACUUGAAAUUUUAUACCAAAGCGAAUCUUUUGUAGAGAAUUGAUUACUAAAUAGUAAAAACACACACAUACGAAA